AUGAAGCUGCUGGUGAUCAUGUUGUGCCUGCUGGCCACUAGCUUGGCAGCCCCUGUUCCAGGGAGUGAAAGUUCUGAGGUUGCGGCGCAUGCUAAUGAGGCCCUCAGGUGGAUGGAGAUGUACAGGCUGUACCAGCAGCAGGGAGUAGUUGGAAACCCCUUCAUUUCUGCUGCUGAUGCUCCUGCUGCUGCUGCACCAGCGUCCCCAGUUGAAGUGGCCCCUGUGGCUCCUGUGGCGGCUGAAGAUGCAUCAGAGGAGGAGACAGAGGAAGGGGACGCUGCUCCCAAAGCUGGUGCGCCCGCUGGUGCUGCCCCUCUGAACUCUGACGAGGAAGAGGAGGCUGAAGAGGUGGAGGCAGCUGAGGCUGAGCCAGCUGUGGUUGAGGAAGCACCAGCAGAGCCGGAAGCAGUGGACCCUGCAGCUGCUGCUGAGCCCGCUGUGGUUGAUGUCCCUGUAGAGGCUGCACCGGUUGAUGCUGCUGCCGUUGAUGCUGCACCGGUUGAUGAUGCUGCUGCCGUUGAUGCUGCACCGGUUGAUGCUGCAGCUGUAGAUGCUGCUGUUGUGGAUGUGCCUCCAGUCGACGUGGCCCCCGUGGACGUUGCCCCUGAGGUGGCUGCAGAUGUGGCCGCAGCCGACGUCCCUGCUGACGCUGGUGCCGCUGAGGCCGGCGCUGCCCCGGUGGCAGUUUAGGCUGCCGCAGCUGGAAUGGAAGCGGAUCCUGCUGCAGUGUCGUUAUCUUCCCCUUAUCUCCAGCCGAAGUGCUCCUCUUUUAGCAGCUAAGACAGAAGCUGGCAGGCAGCGGUGGGUGCUGUAGGUGCACCAACAUAGCAGAAAAAGGCUGUGACAUGCUUAAAA